UCACAUCUCGCGAUGAUUGCGGCGCAGUUGCGUUGUUCGGGCGAGCCGACGACGAGACUAUAGCUGUCUGGAAAUUUGUCUCGUGGUUUAGACUAAAACAUAUUAUUCAUAUUGGACAAUUUUUGUACCCGCGACCAGAUACUCGUUCCGCAUUUUAACACGCGCCACUGUUCGUGUACCGAAUCAGAGCGGACGAUGGCUGAUGCCGAGGUGAACGGUAGCUCCGCUCCUGUUAAGGAGGAAGAGGAGCCCAUGGAUGUGUCCACAACGCACACAGAGAACUACCAGACGCUGGUGGACGCUGGGCUGCCCCAAAAAGUAGCUGAAAGUCUAGAUAACAUCUUCCAGACAGGCUUGGUGGAGUAUGUUGACCUGGACGAAAGAGCCAUUGAUGCACUGCGUGAAUUCAAUGAGGAGGGGGCGCUUACUGUGCUGCAACAAUUCAAGGAGAGUGACCUGUCUCACGUACAGAAUAAAAGCGCUUUCCUUUGUGGAGUGAUGAAGACUUACAGACAGAGAGAAAAACAAGGAAGUAAAGUACAAGAGUCCACUAAGGGCCCAGAUGAAGCAAAAAUAAAGGCUCUGUUGGAGCGGACUAGAUAUACCCUGGAUGUCACCACAGGGCAGAGAAAAUAUGGAGGUCCCCCGCCUGAUGAUGUGUUCAAAGGAAUACAACCAGGGAUUGGAACUGAGGUGUUUGUUGGAAAAAUCCCAAGGGAUUUGUAUGAAGAUGAGCUGGUGCCUCUCUUUGAGUCUGCUGGUCCCAUCUGGGACCUCAGGCUAAUGAUGGACCCUCUCUCUGGUCAGAAUAGAGGCUAUGCCUUCAUUACCUACUGCAAUAAGGAUGAUGCACAAAAGGCUGUAAAGCUUUGUGAUAACCAUGAAAUCCGCUCUGGCAAGUACUUGGGAGUGUGUAUAUCUGUUGCAAACAAUCGCCUGUUUGUUGGAUCAAUUCCAAAGAACAAGACAAGGGAAAGUAUAUUGGAAGACUUUGGAAAAGUUACAGAGGGUCUCCAAGAGGUGAUAUUGUACCAUCAGCCAGAUGACAAGAAGAAAAACCGUGGCUUCUGCUUCCUGGAGUACGAGGAUCACAAGUCCGCAGCACAGGCUCGCCGUCGCCUCAUGAGUGGCAAGGUUAAGGUGUGGGGGAACCCCGUCACUGUAGAGUGGGCUGACCCUGUUGCUGAGCCAGACCCCGAGGUCAUGGCCAAGGUCAAGGUGCUCUUUGUAAGGAAACUGGCCACAGCAGUGACUGAAGAGCUCCUUGAAAAAACCUUCUCUCAGUUUGGAAAGCUGGAGCGAGUGAAAAAAUUGAAAGACUACGCUUUUGUCCAUUUUGAAGAAAGGGAUGCGGCCGUGAAGGCAAUGGAUGAGAUGAACGGGAAAGAGCUAGGAGGAGAGGAAAUUGAGAUAGUCCUGGCAAAGCCCCCAGACAAGAAGAGGAAAGAGCGCCAAGCAGCUCGGCAGACCACCAGGAAUUCAGGGUAUGAUGACUACUACUACUACCCACCUCCACGCAUGCCGCCACCUGGCCGAGGCAGGGGUCGUGGUGGCCGAGGGGGCUAUGCCUAUCCACCAGAUUACUAUGGCUAUGAUGACUACUAUGAUGACUACUAUGGCUAUGACUAUCAUGACUACCGUGGUGGCUAUGAAGACCCUUACUAUGGCUACGAAGAAGUGUACACCAUGAGGGGCCGUGGCACUCGUCCCAGCAGGGGCGGGCCUCCUCCACCUAGAGCUCGUGGAGCACCCCCGGUACGAGGUCGGGGUGGCUACGCCCAAAGAGGGCCCCCCCUUGGUGGUCCAAGGGGUGGCCGAGGAGGGCGUGGAGCCCCUUUCCAGCAGCAGAGGGGUCGCGGUCCUCGCGGGGCCAGGGGCAAUCGUGGUGGUAACGUCGGCGGAAAGAGGAAGGCAGACGUGUUUAACCAGCCUGACUCCAAGCGCCGCCAGACCAACAACCAACAGAACUGGGGGUCCCAGCCCAUCGCCCAGCAGCCCCUGCAGCAAGGGGCCGACUAUUCCGGUGGAGAAGCAUUGAGAGCGGCACCACUAGAAUGAGGAACUCACCUGAACGGUACUCGAGGGUGAGCUAGCCUUGCACAGAGUACUGUCUCCUCUCCUGUAGCCAUUUGUAAUCACUGGAGAAACACUAGCCAUAAUUCUACUUUGUUCUUUAAAUUGUUUCCUUACUAAUGUAUUGCACUACGAAUCAAGUUUAGCAGUGGGAGUGUGAUUUCUUUCUUUUUUUUCCAGGCUAUGAAGAACACAGGUCACUAAAGUUGACUCUAGAAUCAUUGGAAAUGUUCAAAUUCAUUGUUCCCAGCAUGUUUCUAGGUUUUAGAGAACACAGGAGAUGUGAUUAUUUCCUUCACAGCAGUGCAUAUUUUUCCCUGUAUGCCGAUUUGAAAAGUCGUAUGCAAAUUUAGAGCCAAAUGGCUGUUUCUUUAGACUGCAUUAAAACGGCCAGGGGGCAUACAGUUUGGUAAGCGCUAUAAACCCCAAAAUCCUGCAAACAUCUGUUGCCCGUCUUUGCUCAAUGCACCAAAGCCACACCUCAGCUGUCUGCACAUAUUCUGUGAAUGGAGGGUGGUGGUGGGCAUUUCCCCUCCAAUGCCACUAGAGGUAGCAAUCUCACACCAGCACGGCUAGAGAGCCAUUGUUCCUUUUAUGCAACGCUGCUUUAUCUGUCCAUUUUCUGAGCUGCAACUGUGCUAAUUAAUACACAUGCAUCAAGUAGAUGAGCUGCUAUUAUAAUGUAUUCAAAUAGCCGGAGGGAUGCUCACUGAAAAAUUAUUUAGAUUGGCUUAUGAACAAUGGCUGUGCCUCAAAACAGAUGCCUGUACCCUUGAACGCCACAUGAUGGCAGUAGUAGUCCUCCAGUGUUCAUAAUGCACAGGUAAGACUGAAAUGGGAAGCAGUGUUGUGUAAGAAAGCUUAUUGUAUCACAUUUUGGUAUGUAUUGCAGUGCCGUCAAAUGCUGGCGUUUUCCUUUCCAGUUUCUCAUGUCAGAACUAUGUCUUUAUAUGUUGCCUCUUGUCACCAGGCAGUAAAGCAGCUGCCCCCAUCCAUGUGAAUGAGUUCACACAAAUGGAAGGGACUGAUUGGUAAGAUUGUUCAUUAUCUGUACUAAUGCUCAGAAGGUCUCAACAUGUUUCUACUUUUACAUUUGGAUAUAAUUUGGAACGUAAUAUUCAAUGUUCUGACCUUUUACUUCCCAGAGCCAAUUUGUCCUGUAAGGUCUAGGGUUAGUUUUCAGAAUAUUAACUCUGCAUCAGGUCACAUUUUCAGUUGCAUGAUGCAUUGCAUUAUGUUAGAGAUCAUACAGUCUGUCUCUCUGGUCAUGUUGAUGCUUAACUGAUUGACCAAGAUUUGUCAACAUGUCCUCAUCUGUGUGGCCCUCUUCUAGCUCAGAGUCAUGAGACCGUCCUCAACAAACUGCGAGUCGGCGUCGUCGCAGGGUUUCCCGGGGUCGCGGGAACACAAACCGGCUUCCCUGUUCCCAGCUCGGCAGACUGCACAGGUGAGGAAUACUUUUGGAUUAGUGCAGCUACUCUUGUAUAGGAGAACGUU